GGUCUCUGUUCCCGGAGGAGGGCAUCUUCCUCGAGGGCUUCCGAGCGGAGACUCAGCCAUGCCGAACUCGAGGCCCAGACCCCGCCGCGGCGCCGGGGGUGGCGCAGGGGCGGCCGGCCGGGACCGGCUGGUGGCGCGGUCCUUGCAGAGCGCUGAGCACUGUCUGGGCGCCCAGGACUUCGGCACUGCCUAUGCCCAUUACCUGCUGGUGCUCAGCCUGGCGCCGGAGCUCAAAGACGACGUGAAGGAAACUUUUCAGUAUACACUUUUCAAGUGGGCUGAAGAGCUUGAUGCACUCAGUCGAAUACAAGACUUACUUGGUUGCUAUGAGCAGGCCUUGGAACUAUUUCCUGAUGAUGAAGUGAUUUGCAAUAGUAUGGGAGAGCAUCUCUUCAGAAUGGGCUUUCGAGAUGAGGCAGCUGGGUAUUUUCAUAAAGCAGUGAAGCUCAACCCUGAUUUCAGUGAUGCAAAGGAGAACUUUUACCAUGUUACAAACUGGUUGGUGGAGCGCUGGCACUUCAUCAUGCUUAAUGACGCCAAGAGGAACAGGGUUUAUAAUGCAGCCAUCCAGAAGGCCGUGUGCUUGGGCUCCAAAAGUGUUCUGGAUAUUGGCACAGGAACUGGAAUACUGAGCAUGUUUGCUAGACAAGCUGGUGCGCACUCCGUGUACGCCUGUGAAUUGUCCAGGACCAUGUAUGCGCUCGCCUGUGACAUCGUGGCGGCAAACAAGAUGGAGACUGGGAUUCAGCUCCUCCACAUGAAGUCACUUGAUAUAGAGAUUCCAAAACACAUUCCUGAAAGAGUGUCCCUAGUUGUAACAGAAACUGUGGAUGCAGGUGUGUUUGGAGAAGGAAUUGUGGAGAGUUUAAUUCAUGCAUGGGAGCAUUUACUUCUGCAACCAAAGACCAAAGGAGAAAAGCGAAACUGUGGACAGUAUGGGAAAGUUAUCCCAGCAAGUGCUGUUAUAUUUGGGAUGGCAGUAGAGUGUGCAGAGAUCCGAAGACACCACAGAGUGGGCACUACGGACAUUGCUGGUGUCCAUUUGCCAGCAAAUGUGAAAUUUCAGAGCCCAGCCUACUCUGCUGUAGAUAGUGGAGAAGCAGUUGAACCAUAUACAACUGAGAAGAUGAGUCGGAUCCCUGGAGGGUAUUUGCCUCUGACAGAGUGCUUUGAAAUUAUGAAAGUGGAUUUCAACAGUCUUCAGGUAAAACAAAUCAAGAAGUUAAUUCUUUGUCUCCUCUCCACCCCCCAUCCCAGACAUGGUUUCUCUGUUUAGCAGUCCUGGCUGACCUGGAACUCACUUUGUAGAUUAGGCUGGCCUAGAAAUCAUAGAAAUCCGCCUGCCUCUGUGGUGUGCCACCAUGCCCGGCCCUUAAUUCUUACUUUUAAGAAUUUUAAGAAU